AUGGGAGGGAAGCCGCUGCUUGCAAGACGCGAUGGCAGCAACUCUACACUUCUUCAGGUAAGCAUUCAACUCACUUGGCUCCUCCCAACAGUGAGCUCCACAGUGGUGAUCCCGGUUUGCCGGGACUAUGCUUUGGCUGUGGGAGAGUCCUCUACCGCAAGUGGACUCAUGAUUGGCGUUGUUCCCUUGGGUGCGCUAAUCGGCAUGGUGGCUGGCAAGGGACUGGUUACCGAGAAUGAUUGGAAUCAGCGCUAUGCUCGGAAGAUUGUUCUUUACACCCAUGGACUUUGGAUAUUCUCAAUGCCUGCCAUGGCAGUGAUCAUCCAGGCGUCUGUGGAAUGGAGCCCUCAUGGCAAACGCCUUUCAUUUUGGAGCGUCUUAUUUCUGUAUUUCCUCACCGUGACUUUUGGCAGUAUGAUGAUGGUUCCGUGGCGCACCAUGUGGAAUUUGUUUACACCCCAAACUGACAAGACAUUCUGGUCGAUGAUGACACAAUGUUCAAAAGCAUUUGGCUUCGUAGGGGGGCCGAUCUUUUUUGCCUUUGUCAGUUUCCUCGUCCACGGGAGCCAGGCCAGUCAAGUGUCUCCAAUCAGCAUGAUGAGCUGGGCGUUCAUGGGCGGUUUCUUCAUCAAUGCCAUCGAGUUACUGCUCGCUGCCGCCGUUUUCCCCACGGUAAUUCAGCAAGCAGACAGCGACUCAGGCUUGGACGGGUGA